AUGAAAACGUUCACAGCCAGUUUCAGAACAGCAAAUGUCAAAGGAACGGCUUUGGCCGCCUUGAUGAAAAUGAGGAUGGAACCAGGAGAAAAUGCAGUGGCAUUCAACUCGAGGUUUAUGCUAGAUGCCGGGAAAAGCGGCAUCAACAACGAAGCCAUGAUCAUGGUUUAUCAAAAGGCAAUCCGACCCCCCCUCCUCCGCGGAGCACUCACCGGAAAGGAACUGGUCACCAUUGAAGACUGGAUGAACACGGUGGCCAACCUAGAUGCCAACUGGAUCAGUGCCAACACCAUCUCGGAAGGAACGUGGGGGGCCAGAAACAAAGAAAGACAGUACAACAAAAAUCGCAAAAGUGGACCAUCCACCAGCGUGAAAAGGCUGACCAAAGACGAAGAAGAAACCAGGAGGAAGGAAGGAAGGUGCUUCAUAUGCAACGAAAAAGGACACAUCGGGAGGAAUUGUAGGAACAAAGGAAAAACUCCCGAAAGAAAGGUACGUCAAACCGAAACUGAAGAUGACGUCAAGACAGUGGUAGAAGAAGACAGGGUCCAAAACAUCAUGAGGAUGUGGAGGGAGUUGGGAGAAGACCAAAAAGCUGAGGCGAUGAAAGAAUUAGAAGACGAGGCAACGAUCAAUGCCAACUCUUUACGAAUUGAUUGCUCGUUAAAACAGAAAACCAUCGGAACCAAAGCCCUGAUAGAUUCAGGAGCUACGGACGACUUCAUGGACACAAAAUUUGCCAUUAAAAACUGA